GCUUCCUUUUUCAAGAAUCUCGGGUGUUAUAGUAGCCCAGCGUGGGCGACGGGAUGUGGGCUAGCUUUCUUCAGUUAGUACCAUGCAUGACCUUUGACGUUGGAUGUGAUUCUCAUUAUGAAUACCGUACCAUUGCGGAAAGAGUUUUCUGAUCUAUUGGUGCAACUAAACGCACUCUCAGCGUCUGAGAAACAGAUUUUGUUGACAUUUCUUACCUGUUCUGCUCCGUUGCCGAGCGACUCCUCAUCCAUUCACGCAUCCGCUGAUGAUGCACCAAGCAGUGGUUCUGCUCCCACCGCUCCCUCUGAGGUUGUGGGUGAUUCAGUGUCAGUCAUCAAUUUAACAUCGCCUGAUCACUAUUGGAAUGUUGCUUUCCUUCAAGGAGAAACAUUUAAUUUAAACUAUUUUGAAGAAAGUCAAGAAAAGUCGACUGCGCUAACGAACGAUGAUGAGCCUACUUAUCUUUCCCCUCCCGCUCCAUCUUCACUAUCAGCGCAAGAGGCCCACACUGAGAGUGAUCCGUCGGUCGUCAUCAUCGAUGGAGGAGACCCUGUACCAGACGCUGAUACGAGUGAGCCCAAGCGCGAUCUACGGACCACUCUACACUGUCCUCUAUGCCAACUAGAGUUCCCUACGUGGACCGAAUGGGAACAGCAUCUGUACUCUGGUCAUACCUCGCCCAUCGCCCCGGUGUGCUGGCGCUGUCAGGGCCUGUUUGACAAUCAUGCCGUUCUCUUGGCUCACGAGUGUUUCGAUUGGUGUCGAUCGAAUCUACCAGGCCAGACUUUGUUAAGUAACAACGCGCCUUCUACGUACACAUCGUUUCACGAAACACCACUGGGAUUGCAUUCCGCUGGUUCCGGUUCACCUGUCGAUAGGAUUUACUUGCGAAGGCGGUGUGGCUUAUGCUACAAAUCAUCUGUGGUGUUUACCACAUAUCACAGCUUUCAAAAUCACAAGACCAGCGCGCAUUCAACGGAUCAUGUGAACUCUUGCUCCCCCAAUUCUCGGAGAACAGUCUGUUUUUUACCUGAAGCUGACGACUCUAAUCGCAACCUCAAACCACCAGCUGCAUCGGAUGGUUCUCAGUGUUGCCCUCCGGAGAAGGUCUCUGCUGAUCAGCUUCUGGGAGAAGGCUGCGCAGAGACCGAGGAGGGCAGUUUACACAUUAAUAUCCGCCGCCCAUCUGAUUUGCGAAAUUUCCGUAGGCCACCAUAUCGCCCUACCUUCUGGCGUGCUCCGUACACACGAAUGAUGCACACGAGAAAACUUCGAAAGUCCUCUCACAAAUGGCCUCCUACCAAUCCGUACCACAAACACUACGUGGCCAAGAUCGGGAGUUUCACUUGUCUGUGCUGUCCGGCCGUCUUCCGCUUGGCCUCCCGCCUGAGAGCUCAUUAUCUCUUCAAGCACGGUCAUAUACCAGAAAGUUUGGGCGGUCUGACGCCUACUGCUGAGGAGGCUGCCUUGUUACGGAAGCGCCCUCUGGACGAUUCUGCGGGGUGCAGUUCUAAUUUCUCCGAUUCGUCGGACACUAGCGUUGAGUCAACCCGUCACGUGAACAUGCGACGCACGUCUCGCCAAGCAAUCCGAUGCACCCGAAAGCUCGGUCCCAUGAUUCGAUUCCCACAGGCAUUACGGGCCGGGCAACCUGUCGGUUCGGCGUCAUCUUCUCAAACGGACGAUGCAUGUACUCGGGAGACACCCUCAAAACAGCGAUCAACGGAUUCUUUUCCCUCCUCUGAGUCCCAUAAGCGCAUAAGAAAGAUACAAUCUAAGACGAACUCGGUCGACUCUACUGAGCUGCCAAAUCCUAGCGGUGAUGCACCAUCGCACACCAAUGCGGAACAGGUGCCGCACAGUGAAGCGUGCUGGGUGCUGCGGCCCUCCCAAGGUGGUACUCAGGCCUCAUCAUCGGUCUACCAAUGCAAGUUGUGUCAACGUGUCUAUUCUAGGCUGUUCAAUUUACAACGACAUCACAAGCAAGCACACAGAGGUGUGUUUCGGUUCUAUUGCGGGUAUUGUGAUUUCCGCACCGAUGAUCGAGGUGCGUUGGAUGAACAUUUGGCGCGCCAUCUUCGACUCAAGCAGUUUGCUUGCGAGUUUUGCAAUGCCCGAUUCAUCGUUCAACGAGAAUUAUCCGACCACUUGGCCUUCAAACACAGUUCAGAGCGCCGUCAUCAAUGUCCCAUUUGCGCACAGACUUUCAAGGCGUCCAUGUUAAGCACCGCCCCGAUAUGGGGAACCGGUCGGAGGGCUGACUCCCCAGGUCUUCUAAGGAUGGGCGUGUACCGGCCCAGGGGGGAAACCCAGCAGACAAAAGUUCCCGCGUGGUGCGGUAGCGGGAUAGCGCUUGUGAAUGGCGAGCCAGUGAUCAGCCCGGUCCAUGCAUGGAUACCGCCUCCCCUUUCCACCACGGCUCACACACUAGGGCUCAUCACUCGCAUCCCACACACUCGAACGCGCCGAGUUCACACUCCUCACGUUCCCAAGUCGGCCGCACAACCAGCCAGCCAACAACUGCACCCGUUAAACUAA